CCGACAAGUGGUAGAAAAUCGUGGGUGUAUGUCCACGUGGUCGGGCCGGGGCUACCUUAGAGAGGUCGAGAGUGAUGGUCUCCUGGCUCUGGUGUGGUGGACUUCCAGCCCGUGCCAGCCUGUGUCCUGCCUAUGCAUGUCGCCGCAAGUCCAGUUAUGUUGGGAGUGAAGGAGGCUGGUUAAGAAUAGGCAAAACAAGAGUGAGGCUCUCUCACCCAAAGAGAAAAGAGCUGGUUCCUCAAAACUAUGCGUGCAAUAUUUCUCACUCUCAGAGCUGGUUGAGUCAUAUGCAAUGGAUGGCUCAGAAGGAUGCUCUCGGCCAGGACAUGUUCCUUGUGGGUCCACCAGGCUCACUCCCAAGACGACUGGCCUUUGCCUACUGUGAGCUGACUCGGAGGGAGAUGGAGUAUGUCAGUCUCUCCCGAGACACGACUGAGACUGACCUCAAGCAGAGGAGGGAGAUUGUGGCUGGGACUGUCCACUAUGUGAACCAGCCAGCUGUGGAAUCAGCUCUGGAAGGCCGUGUAUUGGUGCUGGAGGGAGUGGAGAAGGCAGAGAGGAAUGUGCUGCCAGUCCUCAACAAUCUCCUGGAGAACAGAGAGAUGCAACUCGAUGAUGGGCGGCUCAUUGUGGCACCACAGAGAUAUGACCGCCUCGUAGAGUAUGAUGGUGAGGAGAUGGCAAGGGAGUGGAAUUUGCUCAGGGCCAGUGAGAGAUUCCGUGUCAUUGCAAUAGGAGCACCUGUUCCUCCUUACAGGGGGAACCCGCUAGAUCCACCACUGAGAUCGCGGUUCCAAGCUCGCAGUAUUCAGCCACUGAACUACCAGGAGCUCUCUGACCUGCUCAGCCUGCAGUACCCUGACAUUUCACACAGAAACCUAUCAUCGUUGGUUCAGUUUGUGUUGACUCUCCGAACUGUGUCCACCACUCUCCCUGGAGGUCCAGUAGAUAUCUCACAACAGCUGCAUCAUGUUCUUGAGAUUCUGUCCGAUAUGCCUGGAAUUAGUGUAGAGGAGCUGCUGCUGAAGAUAUAUCCAGCUGAUCUUUUGGGUACAAUGAAAACCUUCAGGGACACCGUGGAGAAGUUUGAAGUAAAGGAGACAACCAACAAAAUACAUAUCCACAGUUUAGUGCCUCGGACUUCUCAGGGAAAAAUAGAAGUAGAGUUACACGGAACUAGUCCUAGUAAAAGCAACGUAUUCGGUGACAAGUCUGAUGGUGUGUCAUCCUUACUCGUGCCUUGUGGCCCACAUCCUGAUGGGGUCACUACUAAUGGCCAAGAGCAGAGUUUGAUAGAAGAGAGUGAUUAUGUUCCUACUGAAGUGCAUGAGGAUAUCCUGGCUAGAAUGAUCCAGAGCCACAAGACUGGUGAUUUCUGUUUGGUUGGAGGAAAGGGAACUGGGAAGGAGACACUCGUUAAGCGGUUUGCCUCGCUUUUGGGAUAUGAGGUUGAAACUGUUGUGUUAUAUCAGGACAUGACAUCUCGUGAGCUAUUGCAGCAGCGCUCCACGCUGCCCAAUGGAGACACCACCUGGAGAACAUCUCCACUGGUUAAUGCAGCACGGGAGGGGAAACUGGCCUUACUUGAUGGAGUACACCGGCUUCAUCCUGGAACACUCUCUGUACUAAAGAGGCUGUUGCAAGAUCGUGAACUCAGUCUUAUGGAUGGCUCCAGACUACUGAGUCACAACCACUACAAAGCUACAAAGGCUUUUGCAGGUCUAAGUGAUGAAGAUAUGGUUCAAAGG